AUGUGGGCACCAAAGCCCUCCUGGCAAUCUCUUGCCAGUGCUCACCGGGAAGUGGCAGCAUCCAAGAUCCCCCCAGAAUGGAAGCUCCCCUCCUCAAUCACAGACCCCGUUUCUGAGACGUCCACUCAAAAAGUCCUCUCCAUCCCACGCACUUGCGGUAUUCUCUCGGAGAAAGAGAUAGAAAUCACCGAAAACUACUCAGCCGUGACGCUUCUUGAACACCUCGCAUCUGGGAGGUUCACAUCCGUCGAGGUCACAACAGCAUUCUGCAAGCGCGCAGCCAUCGCCCAACAGCUCGUGUCCUGUCUCACCGAGAUAUUCUUCUCGGAAGCCCUCUCCCGAGCCAAACAAUGCGACGACUAUCUCGCCAAAAAAGGGAUGACUAUGGGCCCCUUACAUGGCCUCCCUAUAAGCCUCAAAUCAGACGCCCAGGACUCGUUCAACAUCACCGGCCAGAAGUCAACCAUAGGCUACACAUCCUUCACCCUGCAUCCGCCUUCUGAUACCACCUCACCCCUCGUCACCAUUCUCCUCUCCCUCGGCUGCGUCCUGUAUGUCAAGACUAACAUCCCGCAAACUCUCAUGACCGCCGACUCGCACAACAACAUCUUCGGCCGGACCCUCAACCCGCACAACCCGUCUCUCACAGCCGGCGGCUCAUCUGGUGGCGAAGGCGCGCUCUCCGCUCUCAAGGGCUCGAUUCUUGGCGUGGGAACUGACAUCGCAGGAUCAAUCCGCAUCCCGGCGUUCUGUAACGGCGUGGUAGGCUUUAAACCGAGCACGCGACGGAUCCCGUAUGGAGGGCAGACGGUGCCGGGACGGGCUGGUUCUUCUUUUGGGAUUCUGGCGAGUGCAGGGCCGAUUUGCAGGAGUGUGACGGAUGCGGAAUUCUUCAUGAGAUGUGUUUUAAGCGUUGAUUGCUGGGAGCUCGAUGAGGAUGUCUUACCUGUUCCGUGGAGGGUACUACAUCCUCCCCCGCUCCACGGACAGGAGGACAACGAGAAGAAGACGGUUUUGAGGCUAGGAGUCCUCCGUGAAGAUCCCAAGUUCCCCCUGUUGCCGCCUAUGCAGAGAAUCCUAUCCUCUGCCGUCGAGAUACUGGAGAAAGCAGGCCAUGUCACGAUCCCGCUAGACGAGCUGUUGCCGAAAACGGUAUUGAGCGAGGCCCUGCACACAGCGAUGCGCGUCUUCUCUUCCGAUCCUGACCACACGCCGUUCCGCAACAUCUCUGCGUCGGGGGAGCCUAUGAUCCCGUCGAUAGCUGCGACAGUAACGCCCGAGCUGGCUGAGUACGUCCCGACCCUCGACGCAGUGUUCACCAACAACACCCAAAUCAAAAGCAUCAAGUCCCUCUUCCGCAGCCUCUGGGUACAGCACCGACUCGACGCAAUCAUCAUGCCCGUCUUCCAAAGCCUAGUCCCAGGCCACGACAAGUUCGGAGGGCCGCCAUACACCGUCUUGGCGAACCUCCUAGACUACCCUUCCUGCGCCAUCCCCUUCUCCCCCGCUUCAAACUCCACCGAUGCGAAUUUCCCACGAGACAUGGCAUACAUACCAUCCUGUGCAGACGACGCACAAGCACGAGCACAAGCACGAGCACAAGCACGAGCACGAGCACCAGCACGAGCACGACCAGCCACAGCCGAAGGCGAUAGCGCGGCCCCAGCCGGCCUCCAGAUCAUGUGCCGGAGCAUGAAGGACGAGGAGACGCUAGAGAUCACACGUGUCAUCGCUGAAAUACUGAAGGCUGCUGAGACCAGAGCCCAAAUUCAAGCUGGCAUCGAAGCCGGAGAGGGAGGAGGGCUAGUAGAGCGUGUCGAGCAGCUCGCUGUUUAA